GUGUGUGUUUCCUUUUUUCUCCCCAAACCGAACAUGAAAUAGUUUGUUGGGCUAUACUUUCUUUCUUCCUAUCUAUCCCCCCUUCCUUCCUUCCCGUCCUGGUUCGCAGGCAGAGACAGGACAGAUUGAAACCCAGCUGUGAUCGUCGCUUUUGGUCGUUGCCAUUUUCCCCCCUUAUUGCCCGGUGAUGUUGGAUAUGGGAGAGCGCAAAGAGGUGAAAAUGAUUCCUAAAUCGUCGUUUAGUAUAAACAGUUUGGUGCCCGAGGCCGUGCAAAGCGACAAUAACAACCACCAGAACCAGCAUCACCACCAAAACCACCUUCACCACCACCACCAGAACCACCACCACCGGCCUGGUGCCGCGGACGAAGACGAGCAGAAAGCUCCUCUUCCGGCCGCGCAGUCGGAUGCCAAGGCGGACCCUAAAAGUGAUUCCUCGAGACAGGAGAGCUGCCCGGACGAGAAGGAGAAGCAGGAAGAGAAAAAGGACACGAAAGACGGGGACGGCGGCGCUGGAGGGAAGGACGGAGAGAAGAAAAGCGGCAAGUAUGAAAAACCUCCUUUUAGUUAUAACGCCUUGAUAAUGAUGGCCAUCAGGCAGAGUCCGGAGAAGCGUCUCACUCUGAACGGCAUUUAUGAAUUCAUCAUGAAAAACUUCCCGUACUACCGGGAGAACAAGCAGGGGUGGCAGAACUCCAUCCGGCACAAUCUCAGCCUCAAUAAAUGCUUCGUCAAGGUGCCGCGGCACUACGACGACCCAGGCAAGGGCAACUACUGGAUGCUGGACCCCAGCAGCGACGACGUUUUCAUCGGCGGCACUACUGGGAAGCUCCGGCGGCGGUCCACCACGUCCCGAGCCAAGCUGGCCUUCAAGCGGGGUGCCCGGCUGACCUCUGGGCUGACCUUCAUGGACCGGGCCGGCUCCUUGUACUGGCCCAUGUCCCCCUUCCUCUCCCUACACCACCCACGGGCAGGCGGCGCCCUCGGCUACAACGGGACCUCCUCGGGAUACCCGGGUCAUCCCAUGUCCUACAGCAGCAUGCUCACCCAGAACAUGAGCAACAGCCACUCGUCGUUCCCAUCCUCCAACGGGCUCAGCAUGGACCGGCUGGUCGGCGGGGAUCUCCCCUACGCGACGCACCACCUGACGGCGGCGGCCCUGGCGGCCUCGGCGGUGCCCUGCGGCCUCUCCGUGCCUUGCUCCGGGGCCACUUACUCACUGAACCCCUGCUCGGUGAAUCUACUAGCCGGACAAACCAGUUACUUUUUUCCUCAUGUCCCACACCCGUCCAUGACCACGCAGACCAGUGGCAGCGGCGGCACCUUACAGGCCGCUCGGGCUUCGGCCUCCAAUUCCCCGCAGGCUCCGUCCUCCUCAUCGCUGCCCUGUGACUCUCUUAGGCCGGCUCUGUCCGGCUCUCUGCCGGCCUUCUCCUCGGGACUUUCCGGGGGAUUGUCUGACUAUUUUACGCAUCAGAACCAGAGCUCAACCUCCAACCCGCUUAUACACUAACGCCCCAAACCCUCACCCCCAGCCUCACCCUUCCAUUUUUACCCCACCUCACCUCUCCAUUCAUGCAUCCAUCCCCUCAUUCUACCCUGAAGGAGUGAGAAUCUUAAAGUGACUGGAACUGUAAGUUGAACAUUUUACACUGAACAUUUACAUUGUACAAAAAAAUGACAAAAUUAUUAUAAACUACCUGCUAUAGAAAAAAGAGAAGAGGCUUAAACUGCAAAACAAAAAAGAGCAGCACUGAGAAACUCACAGAAAGCAGCCCUGAAGUUUUCAGGUAUUUUUUAUUAUUAUUAUUAUUAUUAUGAUUAUUAUGAUUAUGAUUGCUUCUUCUUCUGCUCCAUCUUCUCCUGCAGUUUUAAUUUCUGUGUACAUAAUGUCUGUUUCUGUAAGUGUCCGGGGUUUGUCUCUGUAUAGUACUGUCAGUCAGCGACGUGCAAUGUGAUCUGAGAUAAAACAAACAAACAAACAAACAAAAAAAAAAAAUCAAAAAAAAAAAAAA